GGCCUUGGAAAAGGAGGAGCUAAGCGUCACCGUAAAAUUCUGCGUGACAACAUCCAGGGCAUAACAAAGCCUGCUAUUCGUCGUCUCGCACGUCGUGGAGGUGUCAAGCGUAUUUCUGGUCUGAUCUAUGAAGAGACUCGUGGUGUCCUCAAAAUUUUCCUCGAAAAUGUCAUUCGGGACUCUGUAACAUACACCGAACAUGCAAAACGGAAGACGGUCACUGCUCUCGAUGUCGUAUACGCUCUGAAGCGUUCAGGGCGCACACUAUAUGGUUUCGGUGCAUAG